GGAAGGAUUUUAAAGAAACUGAGAAGGAUUCAAAAUUUAAAAACACAAAAAUAUUGGAUAAAAAAGGAAAACAAAAUAAAAUUUAUCAACAACAUGUAUAACAGACAAGUAUCCUUUGAAAAGCCCACUCGCAUCGAUGGCACCUCUUACAUUGUCGAAGGCAUCGAUGCCCAAGAAGCACGCAACACAUGUCUCCUCUUCUCCCCAAAAACUGAAGCCAGUGGUGCAUUGGCCAGUAUGUUAAAGAUCUUCAAAGAACACAAUGUGAAUUUAGUGCACAUUGAAUCGAGAUCAUCAACUCGUGUUCCUGGUUAUGAAUUCUUUGUUGAAUGUGAUGGACGAGUUGGUGCAUUGGGAAAAGCUAUAGAUGAUUUAAAAGAAAAUGCUAGUUACUUUAAUGUUAUCUCGAGAGAUUACCUUAAUAACACGUCAGCGGUACCAUGGUUUCCAAGAAGAAUUCGUGAUUUAGAUCGUUUUGCUAAUCAAAUUUUAUCAUACGGAUCGGAAUUGGAUUCUGAUCAUCCUGGAUUUACUGAUCCCGUUUAUCGGGCUAGGAGGAAGUACUUUGCUGAUAUUGCAUAUAAUUAUAAGCAUGGAGAACCUUUACCGAAAGUUGAUUAUACCAAAGAAGAAGUUGCUACUUGGGGACAAAUUUUUAGAAAUUUGACAAAGUUGUAUAAGACUCAUGCAUGUCGGGAAUAUAAUCAUGUGUUUCCACUGCUUGUGGAUAAUUGUGGUUAUAGGGAAGAUAAUAUCCCACAAAUGGAAGAUGUAUCCAACUUUUUAAGAGAUUGUACUGGUUUCACCCUUAGACCUGUCGCUGGUUUGUUAUCCUCCAGAGAUUUUCUCGCUGGUUUGGCAUUCCGUGUUUUCCACUCAACCCAGUACAUCCGGCAUCCAAGCAAACCCAUGUACACCCCUGAACCAGAUGUCUGCCAUGAACUGAUGGGACAUGCACCUCUUUUCGCCGAUCCAGCAUUUGCUCAUUUCAGUCAAGAAAUCGGAUUGGCUUCUCUUGGUGCUCCAGAUGAUUAUAUUGAAAAAUUAGCAACGAUUUUCUGGUUCACAGUUGAAUACGGACUUUGUCGGCAAGACAACGAGAUUAAAGCUUACGGAGCUGGUCUUUUAUCAUCCUACGCUGAAUUGGAGUACUGCCUAACAGACAAACCACAAAUUAAACCUUUUGAUCCAGCGGUCACUGGAGUAACAAAGUACCCUAUUACAAAAUUCCAAGAAGUUUAUUAUGUUGCAGAUAGCUUUGAAAGUGCCAAGGAGAAAACAAUUAAAUUUGCCAAUUCAAUUCCCCGUCCAUUCGGUGUCCGAUACAAUCCAUACACCCAAAGUAUUGAUAUUUUGGAUUCACGGUUUCAGAUUCAAAAUCUGAUGAGUAUAAUUGGAUCGGAAUUCCAAGUGCUGCAAAAUGCUAUGAUGAAGCUUAGGGUUUAAGUUUGAUUUACA